AUGGGGGAGACUGAGGAUGAACGCACUGCUCGGGCCAGUCAGCUCUUUGAGACCUUCGUGCAGGCGACCACCUGCAAGGGCUCUCUGCAGGCCUUCAGCAUCCUGUGUCGGCAGCUGGAGCUCGACCCGCUGGACCACACCCACUUCUACAGCAGUCUGAAAGCCGCUGUCACGUCAUGGAAGGUCAAGGCUCUUUGGACCAAACUGGACAAAAGGGCUCAGCUCAAGGCAUACGAGCAGAACACAGCCUGCCAGGGUACAAAGUGUCUCAUUAUCGGUGGGGGUCCUUGUGGUUUGCGGACUGCCAUAGAGCUGGCCCUGCUGGGCUGUAAGGUGGUGGUCAUAGAGAAGAGGGACACUUUUUCAAGGAACAAUGUACUGCACUUGUGGCCCUACACCAUCCAUGACCUCAAGGGACUCGGAGCCAAGAAGUUCUAUGGAAAGUUCUGUGCGGGCUCCAUCGACCACAUCAGUAUUCGCCAACUGCAGCUCAUGCUUCUCAAGGUGUCUCUGAUCCUGGGAGUAGAGAUCCACGUCAAUGUAGAGUUUGGCAAACUGCUGGAGCCCCCAGAGGAGCUGGCUGACGACAGUCCCGGAUGGCGAGCAGAGGUGCGACCUGCCACUCACCCAGUAUCUGAAUUUUACUUUGAUGUGGUCAUUGGAGCUGAUGGGAGAAGGAACACAUUAGACGGAUUCAGUCGCAAAGAGUUUCGGGGAAAGUUGGCCAUAGCCAUCACUGCAAACUUUGUGAAUAGAAACACCACAGCUGAGGCUAAAGUGGAGGAGAUCAGUGGUGUGGCCUUCAUCUUUAAUCAGAAGUUCUUCUUGGAGCUCAAAGAGGAGACUGGCAUCAACUUGGAGAACAUUGUGUACUACAAAGACAACACCCACUACUUUGUCAUGACGGCCAAGAAACAAAGUUUGCUGGACAAAGGGGUCAUUUUAAACGACUACAUUGAAACAGAGCGUCUGCUGAGCCCAGAUAAUGUCGAUCAGGAAGCGUUGCUGUCUUAUGCUCGUGAGGCUGCAGACUUUGGGACCAACUACCAACUUCCUUCUCUCGACUACGCUAUUAACCACUACGGGCAGCCUGAUGUGGCCAUGUUUGACUUCACUUCCAUGUACGCCUCUGAGAACGCGGCUCUCAUCCGAGAGAAAAACGGGCAUCAACUGCUGGUUGCGUUAGUGGGGGACAGUUUGUUAGAGCCCUUUUGGCCUAUGGGGACUGGCUGCGCUCGAGGGUUCCUGGCCGCCUUUGAUGCUGCUUGGAUGGUGAAGGGCUGGGCUCAGGGCAGAAACCCCCUGGAGAUUCUAGCGGAAAGGGAGAGCCUCUACAGGCUGCUGCCUCAAACGACACCAGAAAACCUCAGUAAGAAUUUUGACCUGUACACGAUAGACCCAUCGUCACGCUACCCCAACCUCAACUCUUCCUGUGUCCGACCUCAUCAGGUCCGCCAUUUAUUUAUUGACGGCAAACAGGAUUUACGUUCUCUGGAGAAAGGUCCCAUACGACAAUCAAGCAGUCUUUCAAGACGAGAGUCGGAGGUGAGACCUAGUAGACUGCUGACCUGGUGUCAAAAGCAGACGCAGGGCUACAGAGGAGUGGAGGUCACGAACCUGACCUCGUCCUGGAGAAGUGGACUGGCCUUGUGUGCUCUCAUCCACCACCAGAGGCCCGACCUCAUGGACUUUGACUGUCUGAAUGUAGAGAACGUGGCAGAAAACAACCAGCUAGCGUUUGAUGUAGCAGAGCGAGAGCUCAACAUUCAACCGGUCACCACGGGGCAGGAGAUGUCCGCCGGGGGAGAGCCGGACAAACUGCUCAUGGUCCUCUACCUCUCAAAAUUCUAUGAGACUUUUAGGAACUCGCCACUACGCAGCAAAGGAUUUAGAGAGUCCGACGAGAACACAAAAGACUUUGCAACCAACAACAAUCAACCAAGAAAGAGAAUACCCAGGGAUGACAAGCGAGCAGACGAUGACUCUGUGAACAAGAGGAGGAGAAAGGGAGACCAUUAUCUAUCAGAGCUCUCCUGCCACAGUGCUCCCCCUCCUGCUGAAAACGGAGAGCUGCGGGAGAACAAGGUCCGAUCGAUGGCAACUCAGCUCCUAGCCAAGUUCGAGGAGAACAGUACAACAGGAAAAAUACAAACCAAGUCCAAUGGGGAUCUUUCACAUCCUGUCUCUCUGUCUCCUGCAUCCUCUCCUUUCUCCUCUGAGGAUGAAGAGGAGGAUGAGGACGUCACUGAUAACCCCCGUUUUGCUAAACCUAAGGUUGCCCCACUUCUUCCUCCUCCCAUUUGCCCAAAAUGGCAGCCUUCAGUCUAUCUGCGUUUACUGGAGAAUCCCAGUGCGUCUCUCUGCCCCAGCCCUCCUUCUCCUCCUCGCAGUCUCAGCCCUGUGGCCCUGCCUUGUUCCCUCACUCCCCCUCUCUCGGCGUGGUCAGAGCGCCCCUGCUCUCCGGUGGUCCACUUUUCCACUCUGGCGCUCUCAGACAUGGACUCGGAUGAGUCUGAGCAGCAGAGUAAAGGUUCAACAUUGUCAAGUCGAGAAUUUACCAGAAGGAGUAUACAGGAGAGGGCAGGUCACCUUUCCUCUUUGUUUUCUGGGUCCUGCAAAGCUCCAGCCUCUUCUUUUUCAGAUAAGGAGGGUGGAAAAUCUGCUUCUGCCCUUUCGCCUUCACCUCCUGCUCCACCUCUUGUCUCUGAUCUUUCCUCUAUGUACCCCACUAUCCACCCGGUCCCAGAUCCUACUGCCCAGAAUGGUUUCAUCUCUUCCCCCAGCGCUGCUACGUUUAAAAACAUGGCUCAGACUGACGCCUCCUCUCACACUGAAAACGAUGAAAACGAUUCCUCUAAGUAUCCUACAAGUUCCGAAAUGCCUCUUCCAAAGUCUUUUGUUCGCUCUGAGAGUUGUCCGGCUGCUGCCCCUAAGUAUCUUAAAGAGCGCACCAUUGGAAAGGUGUCUUCAGCCAUCGAUGCUAAAGCCCAAAGGUUGGCCAUUAUGUACGAGACCGAUCACAGACCUCACGCUUCGACGUGCGUCGGUCGCGGUGGUUUCGCUCCAGCGCUCGGCGGCAGCGACAUGUGCCAUUUCUGUUCCAAGCGGGUUUACGUGAUGGAGAGGCUCAGCGCGGACGGACACUUUUUCCACCGUGACUGUUUCCGCUGCGACGUCUGCAACUGCGUGCUACGACUGGGAACACAUAUGUACGACUCUAGAGAAGGAAAGUUUUAUUGCAAAACGCAUUAUGCCCAACACCUAUCAAGCACUAAUACUGGAAAGUUUAGGAGAAGAAAGGAGGACCGCUCGGACCAGUCUCAGACCUGCACGGCUGCCAGCAGCGAUGCAGUGGCAGACGAAGGCACUGUCCCCUCAGAGCCCCUGUCCCGGUCCCUCUCUUGUGUAGCACGGCGUCCUGAUGAGGGUCUGACUGAUGUCGAGGCAGAGAUGGCCGUGGACGCUCUGGACGCGUCUUGUCUGGGCCUUACCUCAGAUCAGCCAAUGGAAUCUAAGGCCCAGAAAGAUGAGCCGAAUCCCAAACAAAGUCAUCGUUGGAAAAGAAAAAUCCAAGCCACCUUCCCUUUGAUCUUUGUGAAACAUUUCCAAAGGAGGUGGUCUGGAGACAAACCAGGACACGACACUGUCCCUGAGGCAGACUCCGACUUUGAGGACAUCGCACCAGCAGCCAGCCAUGUUGUUUUGUCUGAACAUUCGAAGCCAGAUCUCCAGUGUCCUACUGAGGGGAAGAAGGUGCCAGAAGAGGUCCUUGCCAAAACGGCUCCAGCGAACAGUGUGUGCGUCCCAAAGAAGCGCCUCACCAUCCCUGUGUGCGAGAAGGAGAAGCUGCUGGACUGGGACGUGAUCACCACCGAGGAGGCGUCGAGACAAACUCACGGGAGUCGACCCAAAACUACACAACACAACGAACAGGUGCAAACAGACGCAGUGGGAGAUAAAGCCCAGAUAGACCCAGUCCAGGAUCCAGCUCCGAGCCAGAACUCCUCGUCCUCAGUCUUCCAGCUCAUUGCAAACGCCUUCCGAAGGAGCCGUCCCAGCAGCCCCAGCGCCACUGUCAUUAUAAGACCAAAGCGAGAAGGAACUCACAGACAAAGGCCGAUGUCUGAAGGCGGUUUCAGCCUGGGCUCUCUCUUCGGCGCCGCAGACUGGGGCCCAGACAGGCACAAAGGCGGCAGCGAAGUGCCCGGUGCGAGCUCUGACCCGUGGGGAGCCGGCCGCGACCUGCCCUCGCUGCUCCAGCAGGUGUCACUCCGGAGCAGGAGGGUCUCCGAGGCCUCUGUGCCCCGCCGCCGGGUCGAUCUGUUCUCCUCUCUGCGCCUCAAGAAGAAGCAGCGGCGCGAGAGUCAGGAGAUCAGCACCAUUCUCACAAGCCUCAGGAACAAAGCAUCUAGUCAACAAAGCUUAGAAGAUCCAUCCUCCAGUGAAGAUGAAAAGGAAAAUCCUGUCUUCUCCAAAAAGUGGCACCCAGACCGGAAGAGGAGGAAGCAGGAGAAGUCUUUGGCUCAGCAGGUGAAAAGGGACCAGCUGAAGAGGCUGCACAGAGCACAGACUAUUCAGAGACAACUGGAGGAGGUCGGCGAGAAGCAGCGGGAUCUGGAGGAGCGAGGUGUUGCUAUAGAGAAACUCAUAAGAGGAGAAACAGAAAAGUCCCAUUCAGAUGACCGAGAUGAAGCCCAGCUGUAUCAGGCCUGGUUCAAACUAGUUCUGGAGAAGAACAGAAUGGCUCGAUAUGAGUCGGAGCUAAUGAUCUUUGUGCAAGAACUUGAACUUGAAGACGUACAGAGCAGGCUGCAGCAGGAACUGAGGAAACGAAUGGCAGUAGACGACUCAAAGAAGAGCGCCUCGGAGCUGCGGCAGGAGCAGCAGAUGCUGGCGGAGAUCAUGAGGACCGUGGAGAGGCGCGACGAGCUGGUCUGUGCCAUGGAGGAGCAGAGGCUGAAGGAGCGAGCCGAGGACCGCGACUUGGAGAGCCUGCUGCUGUCCCGCGGGUACGAGUUCCACUGGGCCCACCCGGACGACAGCGGGGGGGCUGACGGCUGA